CUUGUGCUUAAAAGACAUUGGUUGUUCUUCAAAGAUUCUACCUAAAUUUGGCAUUUAGCGUUUUGAAAUAUUUCGUUUAAUAUAAAGCUUUCUAUAUGACCAUUAUUUUUUAUAGUUAGAUUACACCUACUACCACUAUAUGGCGAUAUUAUCUCAAAAUCGACAAAAUGGCACUUGGUCAUGUUAUGCAUAACACGAUACAAUUUAAAUAGCUUUUUAUAAAAAUAAGUACUAUCAGCGGUUCCUAAAAAAUAAUAUAAAUGUAUACUAACAUUUCAUAAAUUGAGUUCCAGUUCUUAAUAAUUGGGAACAUGAAUCGUAGUCUUUAGUGUUCUUCAUGCUGUCCUACAAUAUUUUAAAUCCCAUUACCCAGGCUUCUUUAAACAACUGUUCAGUUUCUUCAAGUCAGUAAACAAAUUUUUCAGUCACCCUGUAGUAUUCUUCACGUCACCCUGUAGUAUUCUUCACGUCACCCUGCAGUAUUCUUCACGUCACCCUGCAGUAUUCUUCACGUCACCCUGUAGUAUUCUUCACGUCACCCUGUAGUAUUCUUCACGUCACCCUGCAGUAUUCUUCAUGUCACCCUGCAGUAUUCUUCAUGUCAGCCUCAAGUCUUCUUCAUGUCAGCCUUCAGUCUUCUUCAUGUCAGCCUCCGGUCUUCUUCAUGUCAGCCACCAGUCUUCUUCAUGCCAGCCUCCAGUCUUCUUCAUGCCAGCCUCCAGUAUUCUUCAUGCCGCCAUCCAGUCUUCUUUAUGCCGCCAUCCAGUCUUCUUUAUGCCGCCAUCCAAUCAUCUUCAUGCCGCCAUCCAAUCAUCUUCAUGCCGCCAUCCAAUCAUCUCCAUGCCGCCAUCCUGUCUUCUUCAUGCCGCCAUCUUGUCUUCUUUAUGCCGCCAUUCAGUUUCCUGUCUCCUACACGGGGCGACGCUGUCCAGUUUUCCAUAAGACGGGGCCCUCCGGUUUCCUAUACCCAUUGGCUUAUAACUUUUAGUUCCCGAUGUUCCAAUCCAGUCUCGUAAACGGCGCAGGCCAGUCUUCUACACGGUGCUGCCCAAUAUCUCCCACACGUCGCGUUCCAAUCGCCACGUCGCUGCUUAGUCUCCCAACGUGUUGCUGUCCAAUCUUCCAUACGGCGCUAUCUUUCACUCUUCAUGUUGCGUUCAGCUAGUUUCUCUUCUUUAUGUCUCCUUCAAGUCCUGACAGAAACAC